AAACAGCUUGUUCAUAUCAACGGUCAGUGAAAUGUGAAUUGCUUUAUUUAAUUAAUUUAAUAAAAUCGUAAAUAAUUGGUUAUAAUGGAUCAAAUAUUAACAUUUGAUAAAAGUUUACAACAGCGUUUACAAGAAUUUAGAGAUGUUUUAUCUGGAUAUGAAGUACUGCCAGUUACCUUAAUAAAAAAAGAGUGGACAUUUUAUCUAGAAUUAACAGUAGAUCCUAGUGGUUGGCAAGCUGUUUGGAAAAUACCUCGCUUAAUAUGUGAACUUUUAAAUAUACCUUUUCCAUCCGUCAUACUAGUUUUGGUCUUGAAUGUAGAUUACCAAGACUUAUCGGGUCUUGUCAGAGUUUUGGCAGUUCAAGAUGAUAUAUCGAUUUCAGAAAAACAUUGUGUGCCACUUUCUCAACUAUGGCCAACAAAGGAACAAGAUAAAAGUGUAGCUUUAAAUAUGCAAUCAACUGCAAAUGCUUUAGAUAUGUUACGUUUCUUCUAUACUCAUAUUUAUAUGCCUUGGGAUAAUGAUGAUGACGAUUCUGUGGACUGGAAAAGUAAACAUUUGGAAAGUAGAUUGAGAUUAUAUUAUGAUAUGAAAAAUGGCAUUAUUCCUAGAGCAACAGCGGAAUACAUUCAUUCUUUAUUAACCGAAGCACGGAGAUUAAAUAGUAAGAAAGAAUACAUUGAAUCUCAGUUAUCUGAGGAUGAAGAUAUAGAUUAUGAUAUUAGUAACAGCAAUAACAAGAAAGUAGAAACUCUUAUGGAAAUUCAUGUGAGAUUAUUAGAAAUAAAAAGUGAGAUUGACCUAGUCGAAAACCCGAUUUUAAGAAAUGUUGUGAUAAAAAAACAGACAGAAUUGAUUAGUGCAAGAGAUAAUAAAAAGCAACAGAUAUGGUUGAUUUUUGAUGAAGGGACUGUAGAUAAUUAUAUCAGUUUCCUAGAAAAAGUUAAAACACAUUAUCCUUCAGAAUCUUUAAUGUUUGCUACUAGUUUAGCAUCUAAGUUGGAGACCUCAAAUUCUAGAGAUAUUUUUAUUUUAAAUGAAUCCCAACAUGUAAUACGCACCACAGGGGCGUUAGAGAAAGGUGGCAUUCUAAAGGGGAUUGGAUUAAGGGAAAAUAUUAUAUUAAGCUCAAAAAUUGAAGAUGUUAUGUUAGACUUCAUAGGAGAAACAGUACUGAUAGAAAACAUAACAAUAGAUGCUAGAUUUGCGCAGUGUGCUAUCUUGGUGCGUAGCGGAAAAGGAAUUUUAAAAAAUUGUAAAAUUAUCGGGGAUGGAGCCUCUUCAACUCAUCAAGGAAUAAUAGUUUUAGCAUCGGCAUUGGUUGAAAUUAUAGAUUGUGAAAUUACUGGAUUUUGUACUUCAAUCGUUGGUAAUAGUGGAUCGACCAUUUUAUUGCAGAGUACUGAAAUUCACAAUGUUAAUUAUGGUAUGAAAAUUUAUGAUAAAUGCAUGGCAAAUGUAAAAAAAUCUGUAUUCCGGGACUGUCAAGAAUAUGGAAUUGUCGUAGAAACUGAAGAUAACUUGAAUAUUGACUCUAGAAAAAUUGGAAAUUUUGAAACCUUGAAUAUAGUUCCAGAUAUGCAGUCAGAAGGAAUUAAAGGUACAAACAAUAAAAAGGGUGAUGUCAUUAUAAAUAAGAAGCAUAAAAUAAAACCCAUGGAAGAUUUAUUUUCCGACCCAGAUUUUGACCCAACGAUAAUUGAAUCUUCAGAGGAUGAGGAAAUGGAAGUUAAUGGAACAGUUAUAGAAAAGAAAUCUGAUACUUUAGCAUAGUUCUUAUUAUUGGUAAAUUUUUUUAUUUUUUAUAAAUUUUUAUUUGUUAUAGGUAAAAUAAAUGUUUAUUUAUCCAAAUCUGAA